AUGACAGAGAGAAGCGCAUCCGAGAAGACUGCCAAGUCUAAAGGCGACGCAGGGAGGGAUGCGCGCGCAAAGGACUCGCCAGCAGCAUCUGCGGUCAAGUCCGAAACCACUGGCUCCGGCAGUCAUUCCAGUUCUAAGAAGCGUCGUAAGGUCAAUCAUGGUGAGUUGUCGUUCGCGCGCGCAUGCGACAGGGAUUCGUCACCCUCCAAUCCCCCUCCUGCGCUUCUCCGUGGGAGUGACCGGCCUGUGUCUACUGUCGUCGCUCGGGAACCCACGAAACGACGUGAUCAAGACGAUUCAACCGCGGACGAGCCAGCCUCGUCCAAUAAUGAUCUGGUCAACGUUUCAGGCAUGCCUCAAAAUGUUGACGUCUCGGAUGCUGCCGGCCAGCAAAUCCUCCCCGACGGUGCGAUGGGAAUGCCGCCUUCCACAGUACAGCCGGCAAGCAUUACUUCGUCGGGCCAAGGUCUCAAUGCCACCCCUCAGCCCAUGAUGGCGUAUGACAAUUGGAUGGGUGGACAGAACCAGUUCCAAGACAUGCACUCUCUCCAUCCGUCGUACAUGUUCAAUGCGCCUGAGGUCACGAACGAAUACAACCUGCUUGGUGAUUUCCUUAGCAACAGUCUGUUGGACGACGGCGCGAUUUUCCCAGAUCAGAAUAUGAAUGAAAUAUACUCCGACCCCUCGUUGAUCAAUUCGAUGACCACGUUGAACGUGCCGAAUGGCAUCCAACCCUCGCAGCUUGCGCCACCUACACAGAGCCAGGCUCCACCUGGCGAUUCGAUCCAACGACCCACGUCUACUGUUGGAAACGACAAGGCCCGUGAGACAUACUAUAUGACUGCGGCAGACCCGUCAGGAUCAGACCCACCGGAAGAGCGCAUGAACAAGCUCCUCAAGGCAAAAUACGACGCUGGUCUGCUGAAGCCAUUCAAUUAUGUCAAAGGAUACGCCAGACUCAACCAAUAUAUGGAGAAGAAUAUGCACCAAUCAUCCCGGCAGAAGAUCCUCCGCCAGCUGGACAAGUUCCGACCGAAAUUCCGUGAGCGCAUGCAGAGCCUCACUGAUAUCGAAUUGAUUCUGGUGGAGAUGUGGUUCGAGCGCAGCCUGAUGGAGUAUGACCGUGUGUUUGCCAGUAUGGCUAUCCCCGCCUGCUGCUGGCGAAGAACGGGGGAGAUAUUCCGAGGAAACAAUGAGAUGGCGCAAUUGAUUGAUGUCCCGAUUGAAAGUCUGCGUGAUGGAAAACUUGCUAUCCAUGAGAUCAUCGUUGAAGACCAGCUUGUCAGCUACUGGGAGAAAUUCGGUGCCAUUGCCUUUGAUAACACACAGAAGGCAAUGCUCACCAGUUGUACUCUGAAGAGCCCGAAAUCUGACUCAACAGGCGAGGGAAUCCAAUGCUGCUUCUCGUUUACGAUCCGACGCGACAACCAUAACAUUCCCUCUAUGAUUGUCGCCCCCAACAUCAAUCUAACCAACUUCGUCAUGACAUCUCAUCCCAGUCCGCCAUCGGUUCAUGCGGCAAUCGGUAAGACCGAAUACUUUCCAUGCCAUAUCAAGAUCCUGAAGGUCGAAUUUGCAGCCGCACGUUCCUCGAUGGAGGCAGAUCAGCUGGACUCAGCGCUCAAGAUUCUUGAGGCCAGUGCACAGCGUCUCGACUCCUUGAAAAGCCCUGCUCGCUCGAUUGACCAAGCCCAACUGCAUGGCAUUGUUGCAGAGUAUUACAUGCUUCGAGUUCGCCUGGAGUUUCUCAAAUGUCGUCCUGAUAUCGCCGAUCAUUUAUUUGCGAGGGCCCCGAUAGGGAAUCGACUCGGAAACCGAGACCUCGUUAUCGAAACUUGCUACAAUGCUGGAAUCGACGCACUGGGAACCGACCUUAAUGCUGCCACCAUGUGGCUACAACGAGCUGUUGAGCAAGUCGAGUUGUCCAUCGCGAAGAUUGAGACAUCAUCCGGUGAUAUCGGGAUCUGGAAUAUUCGGUGCCGCGCGACACUUGUUCGUGCAUACCUUGCCACGAAGAACGUUUCUAGAAGGAAAGACAUCGAAAAGGAGAUGGAGAAUCUGAAGAGGAGCAACAGCGACGCCCUUUCCGUGAUGGUUCUUGAAAUUGAGGUCAUCCGUCAGGAUGAAACCCCAGAUUGCCAAAGACUUCUCGAGGUCGAUGUCAAAUCAAUUCCUUGCGAGCAGUGCAAGUACCCGGAUGACGAACUUGAAUAUCUCGCUGUGCGGGCUUUCAACCAAGCCCUUAAUUACUUCGCUGAGGGAAAGGAUAAGGAUUGCAAGCGGUGGGCUUCUAAGUCGACUAGACUGGCCGAAGGGAUGGGAGAUCAGAAAGGCGCAAGCCUUGCAGAGGAUUUUCGGGGUCGGCUCAAGACGUGUUUAUCUUGA